AUGCCUGAAAACCUGAAUGAUAUGUUUUCAGAUCGCUAUACAGGCAACACUCACUUGAGAAACUGGAUUAACAUUAAUGUCAUUUAUGAAAUCUGGUUCUGGUACACACAAAUGAAAUGGGGAAACCCCAUUCCCGCUCCUGCUCUAGAAUCAGUAACCAAAUACAGACUCAAAAAAGCAAUAAAAGCAUUGAAUCAUGGUGGUAAAGGAGUCGACAUAGUUAUUCUCAACUGGCUAACUGCUUAUACAAAUUUUCCAGUGAAUUUUCAAGAUGCUAUAAAAGAUUUUAAAAAUGGUGUCAUAGACUCUUAUAAUGAAUUUGAAAAGAAGCACAUAUUUAGACGAUUACAGCUCAACCAACAAGCCCUUUUAGAUAGUUUAUGGUCACAAGCCUUACAGCUCAACCAGCAAAUCACCCCUUUAGAUAGUUGA